AUGCGGCGAUCGAUGGAGUUGGCAAUUUUCUGUAUCGACGCAAAAAUCACAGCAAAACGCAUCAGCUACGAUAGCCUCAGUUUCGACAAACUGAUUGCACGUGGAGCCAAUGGGGAGGUUUGGAGAGGUACUUGCGGCUCGCAAAUUGUGGCUAUCAAGCAGUUGUUGCCGGAAAAACGUCACGACGAGGGCAACGUCAUGCUGUUUUCGAACGAAGUCCGUCUUGCUUCAGCACUCGAGCAUCCUAAUAUCGUCCAAUUCAUAGGUCUCUCUUGGAACCGCGUAUGCGACCUUUGCAUCGUCUCUGAGUUCAUGGAGCAGGGAGAUCUGUCGAUGUUGUUGAAUUCUAACCGCAAGGACGAUCUUACGUGGCACAAGGAGAAGCUUGAAAUUGCCACCGAUAUAGCGGAUGCACUGGCAUAUCUGCAUGGCCGACAGCCCAUUAUCAUCCAUCGUGACCUCAAAUCGCUGAAUGUGUUGCUUGACAACCACUUGCGUGCCAAGUUGAGCGACUUUGGCCUCAGUCGCGAGCGUUCUUCGGAUGAUACAAUGACUAAUGGCGUGGGCACGUUGCUCUGGACAGCACCCGAGAUCCUACGCGGUGAGGCUUACAGCGAGAAGGCGGACGUAUACUCAUACGCUAUCGUGUUGUCCGAGCUGGAUACGUGUCUCCCACCCUUCGCGCUCAAUACGGAGGUGAGUGAGCGACGCAUGACCACAAUGCAACUCAUGCAUCUGGCCACUUCGGGUGAGGUUUCGCCUCAGCUUCGAGACAACUGUCCAAGAUCGCUGCAGCAGCUCACAGCGGCCUGCUCCAGUUUCGAACCGAGCCAGCGACCGAACGCUCUGGAGAUUGUCUUUACGCUACGUAACAUCGCUCGCAACAUGAACUUCGAUCCCAAUCUGUAA